ACGAUGGAUGACCGCAAAACUCAAGUGACAAGACACCAUCAUCCCUUCAGUGUGGAGGCUAUAAUGUCGGGUAGAAAGAUUCACAGUGAGUUUACAAGCAAACCCGACAAUGUCUCUGUGGUUACAUUUUCAAAGACGCAGAACUCUCCGUACCUGUGCAGAGAGAGCUACAGCCCUCCCGCGGGAAUCCGAAAGCACUUUAUCCCACGGUCGCCUGUAAAGUCAGAGUCCUCCGAGCCGGAUGAUUGUGCUCCCUGGGCUAUGAGCCCAAGAUUCUCUGCACAAACUCGCCAGGUAAGUCCUACCUGUCCGCUGCGGAAGCACAAGACCAACAGAAAGCCUCGUACUCCCUUCACCACCUCCCAGCUGCUGUCUCUGGAGCGUAAGUUCCGUCAGAAGCAGUACCUGUCUAUUGCUGAGCGGGCCGAGUUCUCCAGCUUUCUGACCCUGACUGAGACCCAGGUCAAGAUUUGGUUCCAGAACCGCCGGGCUAAGGCCAAGAGACUACAGGAGGCCGAGCUGGAGAAGCUUAAAAUGGCUGCCAAACCCGCGCUGCACCCGGGCUUUACGUUACCCAUGCCCUUGGGAGCACAGCUCCACACAGCCGUCUCCCUCUACGGACAGUCCUACCCCUACCACCGUCCCAUGCUGCCCCUCUCACCUAUGGGGUUGUACGCUACACCUCUGGGAUACAGCAUGUAUCAUCUAUCAGGAUGA